CUGGGGGGUUUUCCCAAUGUCUGAAGUCACUGUUCUUGAGAAAACUGCUGACCCUUGUGAAAUGGAAUUCGCAUAUAUAAGAUAUUCAUUCAAACUAUGCUGCUUCUUCGGAGGGUGUUUUUUCUUCUCAGAUAGCAUCCGACAGCUACGUUCCUUAUGACGCAAUAGUAGUGAAAAAAGUUGCCAGCAACAACAAGUUUACAGUACACCUGUUUUCAUUUUCAAGCAAGAAGCCUUUUUCUUCUGACGUCAAGAAGAAUUAGAAAGCAGCUUGAUCUAAAGAGCAGCUUGAUUCUGCAUAUUUCAGCCUAUUAGUGUUUUGCUGAAGUACAUUGAAAAAUUUGUUGAUGGUGGAGGUGAAAGUGAGUUUCCAACAGAUUCACACAUUGGUGACUCUACCGACUGGUAGUUAAACUGUUAAAACUAACAAAUUCUUGGGCCUAACAAUGUUCUGAAAAUUGAAUGUAAAGAGCCAGGUUUAAAAGCAAGACUGCUACUAUUGCAUUCCUUUUUAUAAAUAAAAAUGUACUUGUAAACACUGCAGAAUGGACGAAGAUGAAGACAUUCAAUUUAUAGGAGUCGUAACAUCCUCUGUAAGCGUACAUAAAGCGGUAAAGAUUAAAACAGAACCAGGAACAGAAGCAAGUGCCUUCUUAGUGGAUAGUUCCUGUGAUUCUGGUUUAUUCUUGAAUAAUGAACCAGGAACAAAAGCGGGUGUCUCCUCAGUGGAUAGUUCCUGUGAUUCUGGUCUAUCCUUGGAUAAUACCUGUAGUAUAAUUUUCGCAAAUGUCGUAAUUAAAGAGGAGAAGAGAGAAGACCAAGAAGCAAUUUCAUCGAAUUUUACAGGCGAAGUUCCUGGAUCUUCUUUUACCAGUCCAUCAGACAAUCAUUCAUUACUGUGUCAUCAAUCUGAUGUGCCCACACUUCACAUGGAAGAAAAUAGGACUACAUUUGAUAACACGGGUCCACCUUAUACAUCUAAAAACAUUGACUCAAAUGAAAAGGAAAGUAGCCAGGAAGAGAUUGUGAUAUCAACAGAUCACACGAAACCAACUGAAGAACAAUUUCAGAAUGGUUCAAAAGAAUUAAUUUCAGUUCCUAUAGAUGAAUCUGAAAUUUCGAAUUUCGAAAUUUCGAGUGAAAGUGAAAAUUAUCUAUUUAAUGAAACUUUGACAACAAAUGAUUUGCCAAUUUUUCCAACUGAAGAUGCAUAUAAUUUUGACUUCCAAGAUUUUGAGAAUAUAAUGGACUCAGAUUCAUCUGGACUGGAUCAUGAAGUACAGUCAAGUAAAAAUGCAUUAGAAGCGAAUGAUUCUCAAGAAAUGAGCCCCUUGGAGUUCUCUGAACCAGUAUUAGCAUGCACAAGAAAAGAUCCCGCUGAAAAAAUAGAAAAUUUAAGUGCUAAUGUUUUCAGAAACAGUGACAUUUCGAAUGAUACGGUUGAUUUAGCUGCUUCUCCAGCAUCAAAUGAAGCAGAUAAAGCAAAUGAGUUAAACCUAUACUUGGAAAGUGCGAAUACUGAAAUAACAGAAGAUGCAUCAGCUACCGACUUCUCCGUCUUAUCACUUGACAAAGCGAGGAUGGAGCCAAAUUCGUGUUUAGCAAAUGAAAUCAGACACUUAGGGUUCCUUGAAAUUCCCACAACAGUGAAUGCAUCACCUGUUGCUUCAGCACCACGACCGACUCCUACGUUGGAUGUAUAUCCUUUAGAACCUCUCAGAAAUGAGGUGUCUUCCCUUGAACCUCAUUCAAAUGGCCAAAGGAGAUUAUAUAUUGUUCCAGUUGUUCCGCCUUUACACGAAAUUGUUUCCAUGAGUUGUGUGCGAUUUUCAUCAUCAUGCAACGAUGAUAUGAACAGAAAUGCUCCAACAGAUAUUGAGGCAUCCAAGGAAAGCUCAAAUGAUAAUGAUAACGAUAGAAAAUGUGUUCCUAAAUAUCGCAAAGCUAUUGCCGUGCAUGAGAAAAAUAAAAUGCUUGAAAGAAACAGGGAAGCAAGCGCUGAGAAGAAAAUAUCAACAACUCCUGAUAUUUCAGAAGAGAUAUUAAAAGAUAAUCGUGAUUUUCCUACCUGGAAUACCUCACAGAAUGAGCAAAAGAAUUCGUCCAAAUACAUCGCAACAAACAACUACCGCGAAUACCCACAAAUGAAUUCGCAACAACAAUUGAAUCAAGUGAAAUUGUAUUCAAAGGACACCGAGAGAAAACAAAGGGCACCGAAAAAAUCUUCCUUUGCACAAGAUACAAGAUCUGUCAAUGCAGGUGAUCAGACAUUUCAAGAAGUCUCAAACCUUUAUACUGGAGGUUCCGUAAUAGCCGAGGCUUCAAGUAUGCAGUUACAUUCAAAGGGUCCAGAAAGGAAACGCAUCAUUAAAAAGAGGAAGAAAAUAUCUUUCUCUGAACAAGAUACAAGAUCUGCCCAUGCAAGUGAUCAGACAUUUCAAGAAAGCUCAAACUAUUAUUCGGGAGGUUCCAUAAUAGCUGAGCCUUCAACUAUGGGAAAAGAAACAGACAUUUUUAUUAAUUUCAAUAUGUUGAAUUCUAUACGUGAACCUGAAGAAAACUCCAGAAAGAAGAAACCAAGAAAAAUUUCUAAGAAGACAUGUAAUCUAAACCUUCCCGUCAUUUCAUCGAAUAAGAGAGGAAGAGAACGUAAACCACAACAGCAUCGUUCUCGUAAGAGAUUAAAAAAAAUCAGCAAUGAACCGUCCGACAUUAUCUUUAGGGCAAAUCAUGACGAAGCGAUUUCGCAGUUGAAAUCAGUCAUACGUCGACGAAAGGAAAACAGUGACAUGGAUACUAAAAAUCCAAAGAAACAAAAAACUAAAUCGACAUCCACAACACGUCGAAGAAAAAAUAACCUAGGAGUUGCAGAGAAAAGUCUUAAAAGAAAGAAUCAUACAGCUCAAUCCCCAGUCACUACUACUACAGUCACGCAAGAUCUAGAUCUGAAUUUUCCUUCGUUUGAAGGAAGACUUAUCAAUUGGAACAAUAAAGGUGUAUAUUUCUUUAUUAAUAAUGCCAAUGUGUAUUUUAAGUUUGAUAUAUGUCAAGGCUACCAUUUGAACGGUCUUCAUAAUACCAGUGCCAGCAUUUCUUCAUCAACAACUCAGAAUUAUUUUGAUUGUGUAUCUCACCAAGCCGAAAAUGAACGCUUACCAACAGUUACAGAUUUAGAUCCACAAUCUGAAUCAUCUUACAAACUUUUUCUUUUAGAAAUUGAAAAAGUCACAUCCCUUGGGAAAUCUGUUGAGCGCAUGUUAGCUUCUCAUUAUUUUAUUAAAUUGGAGAACUUAGAAACAUUCAAAACACUUGUUGAAAAAAUGGAAAAGCAACUGGCGUUAAUCAUGGAAAGGAAGGAUUCAAACCUAAAAUUAAUUGGUAUGAAAACCAUCUCAACUUUUCGUGCAACCCUUUGCAGUGAUUCACCUUCGAUGUUUCACAAUGCUUCCUAUUCUGACUUGACCUUGAAUCCUGAUACAGCAGCAAAUGCCACUGGGCAAGUGAAGUCCCUCUGUUCAAAGGAAAAGUCGAUUCAAGUGGUAUACUCUAACUUACCAAAGUCAGAAUUGAUCUCUAAAAUUAAAGAAUCUCUCUACUUUAAUUCUUGGCCUUUAUGAAAUGGAAGGAAGUUGGAAAUUUUAUCAUAUCAGAAUGAAAAACAACAAAAAUAUGAUUUUCUAUUUUCAUUCGAAAUGGAGAAUUGCAACAACUCAAAUGUAUAUCUCGUCAUGUCAAUAUUACACAGAUUGUAUUUUUCUAUGAAAACUAAAAAUUAUUCUCCAUUUACUGUUUUUAGAAGAUUAAAUGAGUGUUUUCUAAAUAGAGGAAAUCAAGCAUUUUAAUCACCCUGGUAGCUUCAGAAAGUAUUGAAUUCUUCAUAAAAAAAAAAGAUUUUGUUCGGAGUCCCUAUUAUAUUCCAUCCGUUAUUUUUUGGAUCCAUAGCUAUUUUACAGUGGAGUAUGUAGAACAGAUUAGCUGGAAAUGAUGUAUACAAAAUCCUGAACUGGUUGCAUCAUUUCGAAGAGUUCCUAUCUCGAAAAUAUAUAAAAUAAAAACUGAACUUUCUGGCACUCGAUAUGUUAAGAAACAGAUUGAUAUGCUCUUGGUGUUUAUGUGCUUGUGCUUUCAAAUUCAUCUUUACGAAUGUUUCUUGUGAUGGCAGACGAGAUUAAAGUUUAUUGAAAACGUACUUGUGUAAUUAAGGGCAGAAUUAUGUUUUAAUGACUACGUUUUUAUUAUAUGGUAACCAUAUUUAUAAAUGUACAGGGUUACCAUAAACGUUUUUAGCAGUUGUAUUAUACUGUUGUACUGAACAUCAAAUGACUCAAUCAUUGUUAUAUUUUUCAGUUUAAAUCUUAAUUUUAAAUGUACAGAAAAUCUACGCACAAUUGCAAUUUUUGCAUUUGUUUGUAAUCUAUCGACCUUCUGUCUGCAUUUCAUAUAAAUGUUUUUAAAUGCUUCUGUCUUCACAUCUGUUUAGUCAUCAUUUUUGUCUUUUCUUGAGAUUAAUUUAUAGAAUAUUUCAUCUGACACAUUUAUGAUUGCCCAUAAAAACUUAAUGCAAUCGUAUAUAUUCUGCUGUUCAAAAACUAAGGAACUAAUCACAAAAGUGGCUAUUACGCAGAACGUUCUCUGCAGAAUUUACUUAACCUGACCCAUAGGAUACAACAUUUAUCCAGGUAUAAAAUAAUGUGAAGAAAAAAAAUUACCAGACAAUUAUGGCGUUAUAAAAACUAGCAUGUGUAUAAAAUUCAAAAUUUGAAUGUUCCAGAUUAAUAUAGAAAAAGUACUUUCAAUAUAGCCUGGUAUACCCUCUAGAAGUAAUGCAGCGAUGUGUAAUGUUACCAAUUAUGUGGUCUAUCAGCUUCGUAAGAAAGGAUAGGGGUCGUUGCCCUUGUGUUGCUAGAGUGGCAAGUGUCUGAGUAGGAGGAUUGAGAGCAGUUAUAUACCUUCCUAAAGCAUCGUGAACAUGCUCGACAGGAAUUCAGAUUCGAUUAUCAAGCUGGCCAUUCCAUACCCUGAAUUAUUUCCUUCUGAUAAUUCAGGAUAUCAAACAUUGUGCAGUCUAGCGUUGCCGUCCUGUAGCAGUAAACCAUCACCUAUUACCCUGUCUUAAGGGCUUAUUUUUAAGAAAAAUAUUGCUGUUUUUGUGAUUUUUUCCUUAAUUUUUAAUAUAUGUAUAUAUAAUACCAAGUGUUUAAAAAAGGCGGAAUAAAUAUUUAAUCCUUAAUUAUAGAAAUUAGACAUAUGCUUCAAAUUACAAAAUUUCAUCAAAUAAGAUAUCAAAUGUAUGUAUGAAAUUGCUUUGGCUUAUGUAGAAGUAGAUGGUUAAAAAAUAUUUAAACUUUUGUACUAUCCCCAAACCGAUAAAAUGUCAAUGUUUUCAAAAUGUAACCUCAUAUCUUUAGAUUUUCAUACUUCUAUCUGUAAAACUUGCUGAAAUA